AUGGCCAGGAAGAGAGCCCAAGAUACCCAACCGCGCGUAUCAAAGCGUCUCAAGCUGGAAGAAGACAAUGGAAUUAUAACUCCAGAGCCUUCGAACGAAGUCGCAGCGACCGGUGACGGAGUAUCCGAUUUCGAGAUCCUGACCAAGUACAGAGAUCUGUACAGCAACAUUGGGAAGGACAGAGUGGAAAUAACGCGAAAUGGGGACUUCAGUUUGGUGAAAGAACGCUUGGAAGCGGUGGAUCAGCUGUUUGGUGAGCUGGAUAAAGCGGGUUCAAACAAAAACUCGUUGAUUGAACAGGAUGCACGCACGGUGCUAGGGGUCAGUGAGCUUGCAGAGCUCAGCGUGCGUAACAUGAAGCUAGACAACUCGGAAGUGGCUGUGAAUAGACACGACAUAUUGCGGUAUGCGAAACGGUUUAUGCUGCAGGAUUAUUUUCGGCGGAACGACGUCGAAGAGGGCCCACAGACUGCAUUUAUGAACACGAGAAGCGACCAUGGGAGUUCUGAAGGGGUAGGCAGCGGACUAGCACAACACAGGAACGAGCGCGAGGUUUUACAACAGCUCGAUCGGUACGACCAGUUCGCACAGUUCAAUUGGUUCAAGGUCGGUAUGCUAUACCAGACCAAGUCCAAGGCGCCGGUCGUCGUGGACCAUCUACUAGGACCCUUUGCAGCAGAAAAGAGAAGACCUAACGUCACGCACGGGAGCAGGGCGGUAGAAAAUCCAACUGGCGAGGUGGCUACGGCGCAAAAGGUAAGCAAAGAGUCUCUGAGCGCCACGCAGGAAAAAACUACGCCGGGACAGGUCAAGAAAUGCUACAAGACGCUGGUCAGGAGAAAGGGCUACGACCAAAUUGGGCUCUUUGAUUUCAUCAUCGACCCCCACUCCUUCCCCAGAACCGUGGAACACCUAUUUUACACCAGCUUUCUAAUAAAAGAGGGCAAGAUCAUGCUGGAGGAAGAUGCAGAAGGGUUCCCUGCCAUCAGGGCCGUCAACGAAGCCUCUGAAGGGCCAGACGAUGAGAGGCAUACUCUCGGUGACGGUAGACAAAAUCAUCUUAUUUUCCAAAUGGACAUGUCUACGUGGAGAGCACUGAUACGCAAAUAUAAUAUACAGGAGUCAUUUAUUCCUUAA